AUGCCUCCACGUCGCCCCCGGCCAAAGUUCUCUCUCUGGGCCCGUUUUAGAACAUGGCUUCGCUACUGGGAGUCACCUCUGCGCAUACUCAGUAGCCUCAUUCGACUCAGUCACCAGAACAAGUAUCCCAUGCUCGUAUUCUUGCGGAUGUUCAUCCCCUAUCCGUCCUGGUACUUCCCAAUACCCGGUCCGGUCUCUUUUCGCGCACUCAUUGACGAUGCAAAAAAUGAAAUGGGUAUAAUUCGAUCUCAUUUCGGUGCUAUACAUAAUCUUCGCUGCAUUCCGAUCUGGCGCGUGCGAGACACGCCCCUGCGAUCCAUCUACCGGCUCUAUGAGCUCCACCUUGCCGAUCGUUAUGAGCUGAUGGGAUACGAAACGGAGUACUUCUUUCGGCCAGACUGGAAGCUAGGGGAUAUACCAGACCCCAAAGAUGAAGACCCUCUUCGUUACCCUAUGAUCGCUUCGAUCAUGGAGGAAUUGCACGAGGCAGUUAACUGGAGAUUGAGUUUGGGUCUACGCAGAAACCAAGAGCAUGUAUUUCGCGAGGAGGACGGAGAUCCGUGGCCACCUUUCACCCCGGAGAUGGAAAUCUCGUACUCGAGAAGAAUGGCAAAGGUCAGAACUUUGCCCGCCGCAAUAUCAUCACCAAUACAGGCUGGUUCUAUACUAUCUAGGGGAUAUUCGCUUCUUUGA